CUUUUAAAGCUGGUAUCCCCGAAAACUCGACGGCGUUUAUUGGUGUGACCAAUUUAACACUACGAAUUGGAGAGGAUGAUUGUGCCAGCAUGCCGUGCCAAAAUGGCGGCGUGUGCAUUGAUGGUAACAACUCGUUCACCUGCGUGUGUAGCAGCGGGUUCAAAGGUGAAUUCUGCCAGAUUGACACCAGACCCCGGCCCCAAACGACAAUCUUGCCAACCACAGAGAUGGCCACCAACGCUGGGAUGUCAACACCACAGACACAAACUACGACGACGGUGAAAAUCCCGCAGCCAUCCCAGAAGACGACGACAAUCAAAGUGCAGCCGUCAACUUACUCGACAGUCAAGUACGGUACCGUCUCCACGCCGGGAAAGUUGCCUCAGACAGGCGAACAAGGAGGAAAGAUGGAGGAACCCACCAUGAUCGCUGUCAUCGCCGUCAGCUCGGUCGUUUUCAUCGCCGUGUUGGGCGCCCUCGUCUGGUUGCUGGUGUACUUUAAGAAGCGAUCUUGGAGGCCCCGCUACCACGAGAGGGGGGUGUCUAUGGAGAACGUCAGCACCGCGGAAUCAAUCCACGGCAAGUGGACCAGCACCGUCGACAUCCCGGGAUCGAUCCCGGGCUCGAAAUCAGAGCUCCCGCCGGUCGAGGAGAUAGCCCUCCCGAAAAAGACUGAGAACAUUUAUGUGACAUCACCAACUGUUGGCUUAGUAAAUACGGGCUACAACAUCGACAACAUGUAUUGAGCGAUGGAAACAAGAGUGAUGACACUUGGCUGUAAUUUAAGCCAUUCCUAUAAGUGAAGGCUGGAGAGGAUUUUCCCUCCAUAAGAAGUUGGCUUCCUCAGGGAACAGAUAGCCGUCCGUGACCUUUUGUGUCCAUGCAUCAUUACUAUUAAGCGCAGUGUGGUGCAAGCAUCCGUAUGGCUCAAUCCAAUUUGCUUUCUCGCUGUAUACCUCCUUGCGUUUCCAGUCUCUUUAGACGGAUGUCGCAGUGCGAAAUGGUGCUUGCGUCCCUGAGAGCGACACCAAUAUUGUCAGAGUUAUUUUAUGUAACCCAGAGGCCUUUACCGGCAUAGAACAGUUGUGCGCAGGUUUCCGUCUGAUUUUCACAGCAGAGCUUAUUUAGGCGUCAUGUACAUGCGUGCUUUUAUCACUAUCGUCAAUGCUAGUACUUCCACCAUUCGUGUGUCCAUGUGCGUUGGAGCUUGGGAAUUUUAAGAACAGUGAGGCUGGUACAGGCAAUUGAAUGCAAGCCAUCUGAAACAAAUAACUGGCGUUAACAGUAACAGCUACUGAAAAACCUACAAUUCAACAUUUUUAUCGUGGUGUAUUGCCGUCAGUCAGUCUUUUUAAAACAACUGAUGAUAUUUUUAUUGUGUGAUUCACAUGUAAUAUAGUUUGACAGUAUUUUUUCAAAAAGAAAGACUGUACAUAAUCGUUGCGUGAUGAUAUGUAAUAUUUUGAAACGAAUCGCUUCUUAGGUAUUUAUCUCGAAAUGAUAUUGUACAAAAUCUCUUAACCUUUCGCACUGAAAACAUGUAUGGUUGAAAUAUAGUAGUAUUUUCAAUAACUUUUUGCUUAACACGGAAGAGAUAAACAGUAGAUUGAAUAUAUGAAAUAAUAUUCCUCAUCUUUAUUUACCAGUUUAUUAAAGAGCUAUAGACUUUCCAUACCACUGUCCGUCGUAGUUAAAGUAUAUCUUUUUGGCUGCAUGUACGAAUGUCUCGGUGAAGCAGCAUACCAGUCUUGUGAUAUAGGUUGAUACUGGCUUAGAAAUAUUGACAACACAACCAAAAUAAAUUGAUAAAGCAUCAGCUGCGUUGGACAUGCAAAAUUGUC